AUGUUAUUCAAUCCCAACUUUUUGAGAGUUAUCUCAAGAAGAAAUUUCGGGACGAAACCUGAAUUAAAACAGUUUGUUAAUAGGCAAAGACUGCCGAUAAAUUGCGGACAACCUAUUCACGAAACUAGGCCAUAUCUUUUGAAACAAGGAGAAUUGACCCCCGGAAUUACAGCUUUAGAAUAUUUUAAGAGAAGAGUGAAACUUGCAAGCAAACUUGUCCCGAGAUCAUGUGCUAUCAUUGCCGGCUCCCAAAUGAAAUAUGCAUCGGGUCCCGUUUUUUAUCCAUUUCAACAGAACAAUGAUCUCUUUUACCUUACCGGUUGGAAUGAACCAGAUUCCGUAAUGAUUUUAGAAAAACCGGAUAAUGAUCCUGAAAACGUUGUUUUGCAUAUGAUAGUACCUCCAAAGGAUUCAUUUGCUGAAAAAUGGGAAGGUUUCCGUACAGGAGUGGAGGGAGCUCAAGAAAUAUUCAAUGCAGACGAGGCAACAAGUAAUGAAAAUUUAGAAAAAUACGUCGAUAAGAUUAUCAAAAGAUGCGACAAUAUCUACUUUGAUACCAACAAUACGGCAAAAAACUCUGGUGCUUUUUUCAGUGAAUUCUUUUCAUUGAAGAAUGAAUCACAGAAGCAAAAUACAAUCCUUAACAUGAUAAAAAACACUAGCGGCGUAAAGAAUUUAAUGCCCUUGAAAAAGAUAAUUGCCAAUUUAAGAAGCAUUAAAUCCCCUGCUGAACUACGUGUCAUGAGAAGGGCUGGUCAAAUUUCAGGUAGAGCUUAUAAUCAAGCAUAUGCCAAAAGAUUUCGCAACGAAAGAACAUUAGGUGCUUUCCUUGAAUACAAAUUUAUUGAAGGUGGCUGUGACCGUUCAGCUUACGUUCCAGUAAUCGGUACUGGAGAAAAUGCAUUGUGUAUUCACUACACUAGAAAUGAUGAUGUUAUGUUUGACGAUGAAAUGGUCCUAGUUGAUGCAUCAGGUGCUAUUGGAGGAUAUUGUUCUGAUAUAUCAAGAACAUGGCCUGUCUCCGGAAAGUUUACCGACGCCCAACGUGACUUGUAUGAAGUAGUCUUAACAGUUCAAAGAAAAUGUAUCGAACUAUGUUGUGCUCAUAAUGUCAUAUCUUUACAUCAAAUUCAUGAGAAGAGUUUGCAGUUCUUUAAAGAAGAAUUGAAGAAUAUUGGCUUAAGCAGCUUAAGCACCUGGGAUAUAAAUGAAAUAUAUCCCCAUUACAUUGGUCAUAAUCUAGGUCUAGACGUGCAUGAUGUUCCUGAAAUAUCCAGACACCAACCACUGCAAGAAAACCAGGUUAUAACUAUUGAACCAGGUUUAUACAUUCCUGACGAUCCAAAAUAUCCGGCAUAUUUCAGAAAUAUUGGUAUCAGAAUUGAAGAUGAUAUUGCCAUUGGUAUGGACACCUACACAAACUUGACCAUGGAAGCUGUGAAGGAGAUUGCAGAUCUUGAAAAUAUCAUGCAAAAUGGUAUUUCAACUAAGAUAGAGCAUGAUGUUGUCAGUCCACUUGAUUUUUGA